GCUGUGUAUCCACAGGGUGUGAUUGCCAGCAGCAAUUGGAGGGAGUCGGUGGGGGCUUCCGGACUCAAUGGGCUCAGAGAUGCCUUGAUGGAGUAUGGGCCAGGUUUUAGGAUUUUCCCAUUGCCAGGAAUAUGGUUCUGUGGCAUCCACUCCAGACUCAACGCCCCCAUGCACCGAUGGUGGAAACGAGGAGUCUGAGAUCUUUGAGCUGCAAACAGCCAGGGAGUGGUCCGACGAUGAGGAGGGUGGUGGGUACGGAGAUCCAGAUGAUGAUGAUGAUGGGCUGGCUUCAUCCCCGUCCAUCUGGGGAACGCCGCGUCAGAACUCUUAUGAGCUGACUUUCUCUUACAUCGCCAUCGCCGAGGCUGAGGCAGUGGGAGCCUCACGACACCUGCGUGACCGCCGUCGGGCCGGCUCUCGGGGAAGCCGCACUCCUUUGUUUCGUACAGACACACUGGAAACAUUGUUGGACUCGCCUGAUGUAGACUGGGACCCGCAGGCUUUCCUCGGUCAAGAGGAUGAAGACGAACCGUCAGAGAGGAGGGAGGAGGAGGAGGAUGAGGAGGAGGAGGAGGAGGAGGAGGAGGCGAGGAUAGCAGGUGAAGCUGGACAAAGGGACGGAGACCAGGACACACAAACUCAGACUGUUACAAUGCAGGACUCUUCCCAAAAUCUGGACCUAGAAACUCAGGUGAUCCAAAGAGAGGAAAGAACGAUCCAGACUGUCCCGCCUCCUGCUCCAUCCCUGUCCUCUCAGCAGCAGAGACCCAUACAGCUACAUGAGGCUUCACCGACCCUCGAGUCGAAGUCUCCCGUCGUUAGGGAAACCAUCUCAGUCAGGCUGCUCACGUCUGUGCGACCCAAAGGCCCAGCGCCCACGUCUCCAGCCGAUAUUGGUCUAAACUCUCAGGAACAGCUGGUCAGCGAUCACUGGUUUUCAGCGCUCAACCUAUCAGAGGACCCGACAGUAUGCAGCCACAUAGCAGUGACGGACCUGAUCUACUGGAAGGACACGGAGCGAACAGGUAUGGUGCUCACUGGGCUGGUGGUGUCCCUGCUGACCCUGUUCCAGCUCAGCAUCAUCACUGUAGUCUCCACAAUCUCCCUGGCUGUCGUUUGUGUCACCAUCUCUGUUCGCAUCUACUAUCAAGUCCUCCAUGCCCUCAAAUGGAGUGAUGGAGAGCAUCCCUUCAAGACAUACUUUGACAUGGACAUUAGUUUCAGUGGAGAACAGGCUGAACUCUACACGCAGAAAGCCAUCGUUAUGGCUUUGUCCACUGUCGACACUCUGAAGAGACUCUUUUUUGUUGGAAACCUCUUUGAUUCCCUCAAGUUCCUGGUCCUGAUGUACGUCUUUACUUACCUGGGAGCGCUGUGCAAUGGCCUUACUCUGUUCAUCAUCAGUGUGAUCGCUCUCUUUUCUCUGCCACUUUUCUACAGACAGCACCAGGAGAAAGUGGACGCCGUCUUCGCAAAAAUCCAGGCCCACAUUGACAACUUUAGGGACAUCUUUGUAAGACUCGCCCAUGGCGGUGGCCCUCCUCCUGACCCAACUCCCGGUGGCGCCAAACCCAAAAUCCAGUAAACACUCAUGAACAAGAACUUGAACACAAGCUCCCCGUGUUACAGGCUGUCACUCAGAUGUCUUACCCAGCAGUCUGUGCCGAGAACAGAGCCGCCGAGACUGGGGAAGGGAUGUUACGUAAAAGGACGAUGACAAGCAUGGCAUUUUAUACUCUUAACUAUCUAAGUUAUUGGGUCAGGUGGUUGGGGAUGGGAUUUAUCUUAAUCAAGGCGAAAACAAGGGGUAUAAAUCCUGGAUGAGACUUUUGAAGCUGAUGUCAGAGGUGGAAGGAAUCAGCCAUUCACCUCAUCCUUUGUGACCAUCUUUGGAAAUAUUGUUUUUAAAUUGUAAAAAAUUAUUAAGAAGUGUCUUAGAUUGAGCUUUAGUCCAAAUGAGGUACUGCGACCAGAAGUGGGAAGUUCCCACACUGACAGCUACACACCUGAGCAAAGGGAAGUCAGUUUUUAAGGUGUUUUACGCUCGAGGACAAAAAAAAACCCAGAGGUCAUCCGUCAUUAAUCAUGGCAGCAUAAAACUGGCAGAUAAGAAUGCAUGUGUCGGCACAUGUACGUUUCUGAAUGCAUAUCCAUUCUCAUGACAGUUUAUCAGUGUGUAUGUAAGAAUGAGUGUUUGUGUGUGUGUGCGUGUGUGUAAUUCCUGACAUAUCGCUUGCUCAAAUAUUACCUACAAGCAAUUAAAUUAAAAGUCACAUUUCUUCUUUA